GUCUUUCAGGGUCUUGGCUCUUCUCUGACUCUCCUCCUCAUCUCUGCCCUUCAAUCAUUCUGAGCCCAUGGGUGAGGAGGAGCGUGAAAGGACGUCUAGGAAGACCAUCAAAGUUGGGCCAUGGGGUGGCCAUGGGGGCUCACCUUGGGAUGAUGGCUCCUUUAAUGGUGUGAGACAGAUAACGCUUGUGUAUGAUCGUUGUAUAGACUCAAUACGUGUGGAGUAUGAUAAGAAUGGGAAAUUGGUGAUGGCAGAGAAACACGGCGGUGAUGGAGGCAAUCGUACGGCUCAUAUAAAGUUUCAGUAUCCAGAAGAGUUCAUCACAGGAGUCAGUGGCCACUAUAGUCCGAUGGUGCACAGCGGCACCCCAGUGAUCCGGUCUCUGAAAUUCGCCACCAACAGGAAGACUUACGGCCCCUACGGAGUGGAGGAGGGCACUCCAUUCUCAUUUCCCAUGGAUGGGGGCCACAUUGUUGGAUUUAAGGGUAGGAGCGGGUGGUAUCUCGACGCGAUCGGAUUUCGACUAUCACGCCUCCAUUCCUCGUCUAACUUGUUUGAUGCCAUACAACGAAAGAUUCAGAAGGCCUGGGCCUCACACAAAAGGCCCACAAAGGCAAGUGUUGUAUAGGUUCUCCUUAGGAAUGCCCUGUGUGUGUGUCUAUCUCGCAAUGUGUCUAAUACUGAGUUGUUUUAAUAAAGUUUAGCAGCACAUUGGUAUGGUUUUAUGCU